UGUAACGCACAACAUGGCUGGACGAGUAGCACGGAUUUGGUGCAGGCUAAACUUGCUGCAAAACAGAAAAUAUUGCCAUGCCUCAUUUUCAACAUCUGCAAAGUUACACGCCAAGUUUUAUGGAAAACCAGAGGAGGCAGUGAGUGACAUACCUGAUGAUUCUACUAUAUUAGUCGGAGGUUUUGGAUUAUGUGGCAUUCCAGAGAAUUUGAUUGGUGGCCUGCUAACCACCGGGGUCAAAGGUUUGACAGCAGUUAGCAAUAAUGCUGGUGUGGAUGAUUUUGGUCUCGGGUUGCUGCUGAAAACUAAACAGAUAAAGAGAAUGGUGUCAUCGUAUGUUGGAGAGAAUGCUGAAUUUGAGAGGCAAUAUUUAUCAGGUGAACUGGAGGUUGAGCUCACCCCUCAGGGUACUUUAGCUGAGAGGAUAAGAGCAGGCGGUGCAGGUGUUCCAGCAUUCUUUACUCCAACAGGAUUUGGAACCUUAAUUCACAUUGGGGGAGCUCCGAUAAAAUAUAAUGCAGAUAAAUCGGUUGAGGUCACGAGUGAGCCAAGGGAGGAUCGUAUGUUCAACGGCGUCAAUUACAUAAUGGAGAAAGCAAUCACUGGAGACUUUGCAUUAAUUAAAGCAUGGAAAGCAGAUCGUGCAGGAAAUCUUAUAUUUAGAAAAUCCGCUCGAAACUUUAAUGUUCCAAUGGCAAAAGCUGCAAAGAUUACCAUUGCAGAGGUUGAAGAAAUAGUUGAUGUUGGUACGUUUGCACAGGAAGAUAUCCACAUCCCAAGUAUCUUUGUUCAUAGAGUAAUCAAAGGAGAGAAAUAUGAAAAGAGAAUUGAGAGGCUAACCCUACAAAAAGAAGGUGAGAAGACGUCUGAUGGCAGCAGUCCAGCAGUUGCGAUGAGGGAGCGUAUUGUACGGCGAGCUGCUCUAGAGUUUGAAGAUGGGAUGUAUGCCAACCUGGGAAUAGGAAUGCCAAUGCUUGCGAGUAACUACAUCCCAGCUGGAGUCAACGUCCAUCUACAGAGUGAAAAUGGAAUUCUGGGAUUGGGGCCGUUCCCAAAGCCUGGAGAGCAGGACGCAGACCUUAUAAAUGCUGGUAAAGAAACCGUUACCACCAUCCCAGCUGGAAGCUACUUCUCAAGUGAUGACUCUUUUGCCAUGAUCAGAGGUGGGCACAUUGACUUAACAAUACUCGGUGCAAUGCAAGUGUCGAAGUAUGGUGACCUUGCUAACUGGAUGAUUCCAGGCAAGAUGGUGAAGGGAAUGGGAGGAGCUAUGGACUUGGUUUCUUGUCCAGGCACACGUGUGGUGGUUACAAUGGAACACACUGCGAAGGGCAAGCAUAAAAUCCUGGAUGAGUGUAGCCUACCAUUAACUGGAGUGAAGUGUGUUGACAGGAUUAUUACAGAUAUGUGUGUUUUUGAUAUUGAUAAAGAAAAUGGCCUGAAGUUGAUGGAGCUUGCAGAGGGUGUAACAGUGGAAGAUGUAAUCAAUGCUACAGGGUCAGAGUUCACUGUAGCAGAGAAUAUAAAGUCAAUGGGACAGAUAUAGGAUGAAACUAAGUACUGUAUUUAUGUUGUAUGGAAGCGCCAAUGGUCAACAAUUGGCAGUUGUAUUAUGGGUUGGUUAGUGGAGACCGGACAAAUUACACUUUUACACUGGAUGCAAAAUGGAAACUGAUGAAAUGAUAAUGUCAAACAGUGAUAGGCCUAAAGUGGAGGUACAGGGUAUUGCCAAAUACAGAAAUAUUUUAUGUUAUCUGUCGUGGAGGUAGUUCAUUAUGAUAGGCCCAUCACAUAGGGGAUACAAGAAGCCUGCAAUGAAGAUGUGUCAUGGAGUAAGAUAUAAUUGGCAUGUUGCAGAAUUAUUGUCAAGUUUACUGGGUGCUGUUGGAAACUGGAAUUCAAAGGAAUAUUAUUGUCUGAAAAAAAAAAAAUUGGCCUAAAGUCUAGUCUAGAUUCAGAUUUCUAGCAUCCAGAAGUUGUUUACCAGCCUUUUGAGCUCAUAAUGGUAUUUAAAGCUAUAGGCUUCAAAUAAAUAAAUACCAAAGGUAAACUUUUAUGACAUAAUGCUACAUGGUUAAAACUGUAUGUUGCUCAUAGUAGUUUAUUAAAAAUAUGUUUAAAACCACGCUCUUGAGGGAAGAAAGGUGUUUUAGCGUUUUUCAUCAAACACCCUUUUUGUAUCUUAGAAAAAUCAGUUGUACAACAUAUCAAGAACAAUUUUCCUUCCAGAGCCUGGCUU